GGUGUCCCUGACUCUGGUGGGCCAGGUUUGGGGGUGUCACACUGAACCCACACUUCCCUCAGGGGACCCCAGUACCACAGGGCAGCCACUGGUGCUCAGCCCCAGCUCUGCCAUCCAUCUGGAAGCCAGUGUUCGCUUCAGUCCCAGCUUCUCCAUGAAGAUCCAUGUGGACCAGUGCUACGGGACCACCGUGGAGCAGCCAGGACGCUCCAGGAGGGUCUUCAUGGUGGUGAACAGCCGGGGGUGCCUGCAUGGGGAGAAGCUGGGAAGUGUGUCUGUCCAGCACCGGAGAGGGGGGUCUGCCCUCCAACUCUCCAUCCUGGCCCCCACGCUGGAGGGUGAGACUGAGGAGGAGGAGGUCUAUGUGCACUGCCUGCUGACAGCGUGGGGACAAGGACACGCCACCAGGUCCUGCUUCUACAGCCACACCACGGCCAGCUGGCACAACGCAGAGGACCCUUCCCAGAGUGCCCAGUGCCACUGCUGUGACACCAGCUGUCCCCAUGGUGACACCCUCCCAGGACACCUGCCAGCAUUCCCAGGUGAGGGGACACUCCACCAGGAGACAGUUGGACCAGUGCUGGUGCAGAAGGAGAAGGUGCCAUGGUACGAAGGGCCAUGCCACACCAUGAAGAGGUUCCUGCUGGCCGGGCUGGCCCUGGUGGGCAGUGCCGUGGUGGUGGUGGCUGCAGUGGGGGGGCUGCUGGGGCUGGCCCUGACCACUUGGCGCCUGGGCACACGCCGGCGGGGACAGCGGCCACCGAGGCAGAGGUCUCCCUUCCAGGCUGAGCUGCAGAGCGUGGUGGGGGCCCUGGUCCUCAGGGAGACAGGGAAACGGGGUGAGGUGGGACCAGACCCCCUUUCUCCACAAUAA